AUUUGGGUACUACUUGUAGUGUCCCGAAAGUGACGCUGGGAGUCGUCGCUCUGUGCAGAUUUCUUGCUGAGGUUAUGCGCCAUAUUGGCAGUCUCCUCCAUCUCACCAAGCGUCGAGCAUGCAUGUCUCUAACCGGUUAUUGAGGAGAUAUCUGUAAAUAUUUACAGUCACCUGCGACCGACACCAUGGAGGCCGUGAAAGCCUUUAACAAUGAGCUGUACUCAUUGAAUGAGUACAAGCCGCCCAUCUCCAAGGCCAAGAUGACCCAGAUCACCAAGUCUGGAAUCAAAGCUAUAAAAUUCUACAAGCAUGUCGUCCAGAGCGUGGAGAAGUUCAUUCUAAAGUGCAAACCAGAGUACAAGGUCCCCGGGCUGUAUGUCGUCGACUCCAUCGUCAGGCAGUCGCGGCACCAGUUUGGCACGGAGAAGGAUGUCUUUGCCCCGCGCUUCAGCAAGAACAUCAUCGCAACGUUCCAGCAGCUCUACCGCUGCCCAUCAGAUGAUAAGAGUAAGAUAGUGCGAGUCCUGAACCUGUGGCAAAAGAACGCCGUCUUCAAGAGUGACAUCAUCCAGCCUCUGUUGGACAUGGCGGCGGGGAUCCCCCCUCCCAGCAUCACACCUGUCAUGUCCAGCAGUGCUGCUCCAGUCAAUAACGCCACACCUGGUACCCCGGCUACCCCCGCUACCCCAGCUAACAUAGUCCAGGGUCUGCCGGAUUGGGCUUCCCAGAUUACCAACACAGACACUGUGGCUGCCGUUGCACAGAUCCUACAGAGUCCCCAGGGACAACAGCUGCAGCAGCUGGUGCAGAGUCUACAGAUGCAGCAGCAGAAGCCCCAGCCGUCCCUGCUGCAGGCCUUGGACGCUGGCCUGGUGGUACAGUUGCAAGCUCUGACGGCUCAACUCACCGCCGCCGCUACUGCCAACAGCCUCAACCCCCUGGAGCAGAGGGUGUCCUCUUUUAAUAAGAAGCUUCUGGGUCCUUUUGAUUUUGGGAAUGAUUCUGAACGCGGUGAAGAGUCUAAAAAGGACUCCUCAUCAUCUCAGUUGCCAAUGGUGUCAGAGCCCAUCAACAGCUCCCUCUUCCAUCAGCUGGCGGAGCAGCUACAGCAGCAGAACCUGGAACAGUUUCAGAAGCAGCUUUUAGAGCAUCAGCAGAAGGCAAUGAGCAUAGAAGGGCAGGACUCAAUCUUCGGCCACGAAAACUCAGUUGCAUCUGCUCAGAGCAGCAGCCAGCCACAGCUUCCUGAGCUAGAUAACAAGCUGGAUGACACCAUAGAUAACCAACAGCAGGACAUGGAUCUGGACGAGGGCCCAGAUGGUAUGGAGGAGGAGAUCUUUGAGGCAGAAGACAAGAAGAUCGCAAGCACACGUUCCCGAACACGCUCACGGUCGCGCUCUAGGUCUCCAAAGAGGAGACGGUCUAGGUCCCGCUCCGGCUCACGGAAACGUAAACACCGCAAGCGGUCCCGCUCACGCUCCAGAGACCGCAAGAGGAAGUCGUCGCGGUCUUACUCGAGUGAGAGACGCGCCCGAGAGCGAGAGAAGGAGCGGCAGAAGAAAGGACUGCCUCCCAUACGAUCCAAGACUCUAAGUGUGUGCAGCACGACUCUGUGGGUCGGCCAGGUGGACAAAAAGGCCACUCAGCAAGACCUCACCAACUUAUUUGAAGAGUUUGGCCAGAUUGAGUCAAUCAAUAUGAUCCCUCCCAGAGGCUGUGCCUACAUCUGUAUGGUCCACAGACAGGAUGCGUACCGCUCCCGCCUGAAGCUCAGCACUGGCUCCUUCAAGAUUGGCUCCAAAAUCAUAAAGAUUGCAUGGGCUCUGAACAAGGGGGUAAAGCAGGAGUACAAGCAGUUUUGGGACGUAGACUUGGGCGUCACCUACAUACCUUGGGAGAAGGUGAAGCUGGACGACCUGGACGACUUUGCCGAGGGAGGAAUCAUUGACCAGGAGACCGUUAAUGAUGAGUGGGAAGCAACCAAGAAUGCUGAGCCAGCUAAGGAAGUUACAAGUCAGCCAUUAAUAGCUGAGCCUCCAGCAGCAUCUAACACCCAGCCUGAGACCUACAGCCAGCAGGUCACCAUGAUGCCUGUACAGCUCCCAGUGGUCCAGGCUGUUCCCAGUGCAGUAGGUUUGGUGCCUCCUUCCUUCCCCGUCACCAUGGGCAUACCCCCACCAGGCUACGGGCCGCCGCCACCCUUCAUACGGGCCGGCUUCAACGCCUCACAGCCUCCGCCAGGUUUCAUGCAGGCAGCACAGACGGCAGCUAUGGUCUCAGCAGCCAAUUCGCUAGUCCAGCCUUCAGUGGCAACCAACCAAGAGGGCGUCAAGGAGUCACCAUUCGGUGUGAUGAUUCCUCCGACCGGCACUCUCCCUGGCGGCUUCAUGGCCGGUGUGUUCAACCCAGUGGGAGUCCACACUCAGCAGGCCACCAAUGACAAAACAUCACAGUCUGCAGAUGGUAUGGAUGCUGUGGCAGAGCUAACACUGCAAGGCAUGCAGAAUGCAGUCCGCAGUGGGAUGGGUCUCCUUGGAAUGCACCCCACAGCAUCGCUCACCCACCAGCUGCAUCAGUCUGGUCUGACUGGUCAGAGGAUGCCUGGCCUGCUGCCUCUGGAUGUGCGACCUAACCUCCUCCAACCUGGGGCUGCCAUCCGCUUCCCUCUACUCAUGCAGCAGGGCGUCCAGCAGGCCGCUGGCCUCCUUGAGAGUUCCCUCCAGGCUCAGGCCCGUGCCCGGGGUCCCUUCUCUCAGUUGGACCCCUUCAACAGGGCUCCCAACCUGAACAAUGAAAAUGUGUCCAAGACAGAAGACGAGUCUUCCUCUGGAGCCGACGAGGGCAAAGAUCAGGACUACCGCUUCCCUCCAAUGGAAAAGCUGAGCACAGGCCUGCUGAGGACCCCUCCGCCAGAGCAGAGGGAGCCUCAUGGAGGUGGCGGCGGAGCAGCAGCAGCAGGAGGUGGUGGAGGAGGCGGCAGGCCUCCCCUGCUCCAGACCCCAGGGACUCAGCCAGGCAGAACUAGCCUAGUGGGACGUCUGCAAGCUCUUGCAGGCUUCACUCCUGAUAACCGCUGGAACCAAACCAGAGGGGACUUUGACGAACGAGAUGGCAUGCGAGGAGGCCUACAGGCCCCUGGUGGUCCAAAAGGGUUCCAGGAAGAGCGGUCCACACCCGGGCAGAACUUCCCCAACCGCUUUGAAAGCCGCCCUGGGACAGCAGCAGGAGGAGCAGCAGCAGCUGGAGUUUCGGGCAAUGCUGGGGCUGUUGGGGGGUCACAGGCCUGGAACCGCAGUGGUGGUGGUGGUGCCGCCGCAGCACCUUUUGACAGCGAACUACAUCAAGACCUAGACGAUCGAAGACGCCCGUGGGACAGGCAAAGAGACAGAGAUGAAAGAGAUUUUGACUUCAGGAGGGAGAUGAACGGCAACCGCCACAGCAGAGAGAGAGAGCGAGAUCGGGACCGCGAAAGAGAUAGAGACCGGGAGCGAGGCAGAGACCGCCCCAGAGAGCAUGAGCGCGACCGAGACCGCGACAAAGAGAGAGACCGCGAGAGAGAGCGUGAACGUGGGGGCUGGACACCACUUCUCCCUCUGCCUACACCUCUGCUUCCGACUCCAACUCUCAAUCCCAACCUGACCCUGAACCAAGGCAAACUGCUCGCGCCACUCAAACUGAACCCCCAGAUUCUGCCACGGUUCCAGUCCCCACUCUUGCCCCAAGCUCAGGGGAAACCAUCCCUCUUGGGUCUGAAUCAGCCGCCGCCUCAAGUUCAGACUAAGUCUCCAACUCCAUCCCAGAGCCAAGCAGCUGUGCCUGAGCACCAGUCAGAACCCCCAGCUCCGUCUGAGACAUGUAGGGCACAGUCACCACCCUUAGCCCAAUCACCCGAGCAGUCACCUGACAAAGGGCAAAGCCCGUUGACUGAGGCUCCCAACCAGGCCGAGUCAUCGCCACAGCCUGAGACCCCCCCACAAAUAGAAUCGCCAUCCCAGCCCAAGACUCAGUCCCCGGCCAAUUCCCCGGCCCAGUCCCUGUCCCAAUCCAAAACCACUGCUUCUCCAGACACUGAGACCCCAAGCCAAGCCUCGCCGCUGGUUGAGGCCUCAUCCCAAGACUCACCCGUGGCCUUCACACAAGCUGCCAGCCCCCCAGAAGAGACUCACUCUCUGGAGGAGCAGGAAAGCCCGAGGAAGGAUGAGGAGGAGUCACAAGAGAGAGCGUCCUCACCCCAACCCCAGUGGGUCAAUGGAGCUGGGACGGACAAUAACACUGUGGCUGAAUCUACGCCCGAGACCUCUCCUGGGAGCUCUCCGGAGCCCACCGAAGAACCCUCUCCCAACUCCGUGCUCCCCGAAAGUGAACCGGAGCAGCUCGCCUCUCCUGAGGACGUAGACAAUGAACAGAGUGAGCCCAUGGAGGAAGCUGCGAGUCAGCCAGUGGUAGACACUGUCACAGACACUGAGGGGACAUAAUCAUCACUCAGUAGGUAAACGAUCAUUUUGUAAAGUUGUCUCUUCUUCUCUGUACUCAUGUCAGCAAACCACCACACGGGACAUGCCGAAUACUGACUCACAAUCAGUUAUUGUCUUAUAACCAAUAACAAAUGAUUUUAUCUCUCACAAAUACCAGUGUACUUAAAUAGAAAGCUUGUUAGCUGAAUUAUUGAUAGACAAUUUUGUUUGUGUUUUUAUUUACUUCUUUUUUUUUAAGUUGUAAUGCCACCCCCACCCGUUUUUAAUUAAUCUAAGCGUGGCGAAUUUUACUCAAUAGCCGACCAAAAUGUUUCAAUUGUACAUGGGGGGGGGGGGGGGUGGCGUGAGCGCUUUGACCUUCCUAUGGAAGAGAGUAACACAUCCUGGCUGGUCGACAAUGGAUUGAAUACAGAUGCACACAAUACUUAAAAAAAAAAAAAAAGGUAGUUUCUGGUCCAAUUUCUGUCUCCUCUUCUUUUAAAAUGCUGCUGCAAAGUUUUCAGUGAAUGCUUUUGUGGUGUCCUGCUUUCUGUCUCUACGCAGAAAUGAAAUAGCCUGCAUACAGUGAGACAACUACAGCUGCUUAUAAUUGGAAAAAAUGAACAUUUAAAAAAAAAAAAAAAAAAAAUUAAAACAUGACUAUGUUGUAUCCCCCUAAAAUAAAUGUCUGUAAUUUGUUUCCAAUUAUGCAGUGAACACAAACACACAAUUACAUGCCGGGGGGGGAGAGACAGUGAAAGAACAGAGGGAUAUUCUCAUGUCGGGUGCAUUUUGUUUUAGUUUUAAAUAAACAUGCUUUGUCUGUUUUUAAAAAAAAAAAACACAUGCUUUAGGACUGUUUUCUGACCCAGGACCAGUGGAAACUAAGACUGCUUUACAGGCUCUCGUACACAGUGUGUGCUGUCACUUCAGUCAAAAUUUGAUGUUCUCGCAACUCAAGUUGCUGCUGUACCAUCCAUCCACAGAGCACUCUGUUGGAUGCAACCGUGGGACUUGUAGUUUUUUAGUUUCUGAUGACUUCAGCCUGUAUGUUUCCCCCUAAGCUUUUCGCUGGGUGACUGUUGAGGAUGGGAUUGUGCCUUUUUUUUGAAUGGAUUUAGUCGUUCAUGACGCUACCCGAACACUACUGUGUGACGCACACACCAGACGUGUGCGUGCGACUCUGUUUUCAGACAGCUCUAUGAACACAAUGCUACCUGCACAGAAUUUGACUGGCCUGCAGUUUGAAUGGUCGCUUUGGCGCUUUGUACAGCACUCACCUAGAGGAGAACACGUCUCUGUACUCCCAUCGUUCUGUGCAUGCAGGCCUGUAGCCAUGUUUUAACCUUCCUGUGUCUCCUUUUGUCAUUUCAUACUUGUAGUGCUUUUCUGUUGAGACAUACUACUAGAAAUCCAUAGUCUGCUGUUCUCUCCAGACCAAAAUGUCUACUACAGGAGUUGUGAUGUUGAAUAAAAGUUAAAGGUGCAUCAGA